AGUCGGUCUCCUGUUGCCCAAACUAGUUCACCAGACUGAUCUUUGCAGGACAGGACCUACAAACCGGAUCAUUCAGACCUUUUUCUCUCUCAUUUAAGUCUCUUAUCUAUACCCGAGCUCAUGUUUUUAAAUGCCACUGUUUAAUUCCUCACUUCGGGACUUUGAAACAAUGCAGCUAAAUGUUUGAGAUGGAGAAAACCUCAGCGGAAGAUGACUGCGUGGAUUCAGGAGCCGAGACUGCAGGGUCUGAUUACAGUCCCUUGUCCUCAACCAGCAUAUGUGGAGGUGAGUUAUCCAUGGACGAGCUCCAGGACCCCUUCCUCGUAAGCAUCCACCUCAUCGCAGACCCGGGUCAGGGCAAGUUCCUGCAGCGUGCGGCUGAUGGCGUGCUGGCGUGGGUUCACCCCGAGCUGCAGCUCUUCAGGGUCUCAGAGCGAGCCUCCGUCUCCCGGCCGAAGCACCAUCAGAACGGCAGCCCAGUGGCACCCAACCAGCCGUCCAUGGCGGUCAUCAUCUUCCUGCAGGAGGCGUACGGUGGUGAGGAGCAGAUCCUGAUGCUGCACCGCGCUCUGCAGAGGCCUCCGUGGCGCUACCACCACACGGAGAAAGUGAGCAAUGGCCGCCGGAUGUUACCUCUGACGCCGUGCAGUCAGGACUUCUUCACUCUGUCUGCCGGCACGCCGCUGUGGGCCGUGCGGCAGGUCCACUACGGGAAGGAAAUCGUGCGCUUCACUGUUUACUGCAGACAUGAGAACUACGUGGACAUGGUGCGGCUGUACAAGCUGCUGCUGCAACGCAGGGUGUCGCAGAAGAAGGAGGACUUCUGCUUCUUCGUGGUCUACUCCAACCCGGAUAUGGAGAUCCAGCUGUCGUUCAAGAGGCUGCCGCGCGGUCAGAGUCCGGUGGUGCUGGAGUCGGCGGUGAUGGAGGUGAGGGUCCGAGAUGUCGGGACGCUGGUUCCCCUGCUGCCUCAACCCUGCAGCCCCAUCAGUGAGGUCCGCUGGCAGACGGAGGACUACGAUGGAAACAAGAUCUUACUGCAGAUCCAAGGUGCUCACUUCCACCACCAGCAGGACCCCUACUACAUACCCUCCUCCCCCACUGAAUCCGCCUCGGCUCCAUCCACCUUCGCCCGCAGCUCCCACAGGAAUCGUCGGCACCACCACCAUCGAGCCGCAUCCCGUCCCAGAGCCCACCAUACCCCCCACCCUGUGGUCUGCGAGCAGCCCGAGGAGCAGCACCCGGACUCCUGGAGGAGCCAGUGGAGGGACCACCGCUCCAGCUCCCUGUUUUCUCUCCCUAACCUGGGCUCAGCCAGUUCCCGGUCCACCUGCUCCUCCCCUGGACCCUCACAAAGCCCCCACUCCCUCAACCGGAGCUCCUCCCUCAUCCCACCUUUCCGCCUCAAUCUGGACGCUUUAAUCGGAGCGGAGGAGACGGAUGUGGACACGGGGGACAAGGUAAGUCCAGACGGCGGUGUGGACCUCACCGUGGUGUCGGCAUACAUCAAAUCCAGCCUGCCACAAACUGCUCGGCCAUUAUCGGCGCCGCCAGAAAACAUCGGACCGUCCCUCUCUCCUGGCAUCCCGGAGGACGCCUACAGGGCGGCGACACUGGGCCGGACUCCACAGGUCCGGACUCCACAGGGCUUCACCUCUAAAACAGCUCCUUACACCAUGUUUGGGUCGUGUGUCUACAGCCCCAGCACGAGCGCUUCUCCCUCCCUCAGCGAUGUUUCUAUUAAUCAGUCGGACAGCUGCAGCGUUAUCAGUGUACCAGUUCAAGGGUCGGACACCAUAGAAGAAGAAGACGACCAAGAAUUCUACAUUUGAUUUAUUGUUAUAAGCUUUUUUGAUAUGAAGGAACAAAUUAAAGAUUUAUUGGAGGCAGGAGAAGAUGACGAGAGUGUUGAUGUGGAAUGCAGUGAACAUAAAGAGGUGUUCAGAUCCCGGCAGAGCUUCAUAGGUCUGCAUUUUAUUGUUUUGAGCACAAAGUGGUUAUAAUCCAAAUCAUUUUGUGGUGCAAAGUCAUAGGUUUACACACCAAUCAAUCCCGCGUCCUACUAUUAGAGAAGAGGAUUAGGGCCACAUGUAAAAACAAAUAGGAAAUCUGACCUAAAUGGAUUUUUUUUUAAAGUAAAGUCAUAAUUCUGAGAUUUUUUCUGAAAAAGUCCCAAUUAAAUUUUCCUCGUAAUUCUGAUUUUCUUUUUCUCCCAAAAAAUAACCCCUUUUGGUCAGAUCUAAAAUGUGUCUAAAAUGCAGUGAACAUAAAAAGAUGUUCAGAUUUGAAUUAAAGUCAUAAUUCUGAGAUUUUUUAUGAAUAAAUCCUAAUUUAAUUAUUCGUGGAAUUCUGACUUUUUUCUCAGAAUUCUGACUUUUUCUCGUAUUUCUGACUUUUUUUCUCAGAAGUCUGACUCAGCCCUAAUCCUCUUCCGUAUACAAUUACCCCACCCUGGCCCGAUAUUAAAAAGGAGUGAAAACACACCACACAACACUUCAGAGAGCUCUCCACAAAAGCAGGCUCUUGAUAGUCUGUCCAUGUUGGUACAAGCUGACAGGACUCACUGUGGACGGAAAUGGCAGCUCUGCUCUGCCCCCUGCUGUUUGAUAGUGACAGUACAAACUGGAGCUCAGCACUUACUGUAUUUCAUGUUCUUGUGUGUUUGUGAAUGUUGCUCUUGUUGCAUGUAGAUUAAAGCUUUGUAAAUGUUAAAUAAUAUUACACAUUUAAAGGAACUGUCACAUAACUGUGCACAGAUACACUAUUCAAUAAAUGCUUUUUCUCCUCA